AUGGUGCAGGUGCAUUUUAGCACGAAGCCGGAUUUUUUAUCGUGUCUUUUCUGUCUCAACGAGAAAAAAAUCAAUCGGAGAAAACCCGUGGCUAAAGACAUUCGCCUGGCUCUUACUUCGAUAGAACUCUGCGCGACCCGCAAGAGGGAAGCCCAUUUUGUUCUUGGUCAGCGAGACAUGGAACGGAAUGAGACCUUGUUUGACAACAAAGAAGAUGCCAACGAUGUCGUUUGGAUACUGACCAGCUCCUUUCUUAUCUUCACAAUGCAGUCCGGUUACGGCCUCCUGGAGUCGGGGUUUGUGUCCCGCAAGAACGAAGUCAACAUCUUAGUGAAGAAUGCAACCACUGUUUUGUUCGGGGGACUUGUAUUCUGGGCAUUCGGUUACGGUAUCGGCUUUGACGACAUGAAAAAUCCUUACUUUAGCUUCGGUGAGUUUUUCACUAGCGCCGACGAGAGCCACAUGGGACAGCGCUAUUCCCGAUUUGUCUUUCAGCUGGCUUACGCCACCACCUCGACAACGCUGGUCUCCGGGGCAAUGGCGGAGAGAACCAAGUUCACGGCGUACUGCCUCUUCUCCGUGCUGAACACGGCCAUGUACUGCGUUCCUGCGGGGUGGAUCUGGAACCCCGGAGGAUUUCUGGCCCGCAUGGGCGCUGUAGACAUCGGUGGCUCCGGCGUUGUUCACCUGCUCGGGGGAUGCGUGGGGCUCGUGUCAGCCAUCGUUCUGGGGCCGAGGCUAGGCCGGUAUGACCUCGGCACAGCGCCACUGCCGCUAGGAAACCCAACCAACGCUCUCUUGGGACUCUUCAUGCUCUGGUGGGGCUGGCUAGGAUUCAGCGCCGGAAGUACGAUGGGAAUCGUACGAAAUAAAUGGAAGUAUUCUGCUAGAGCUUCGGUGACAACCAUACUGGCAUCGAUGACUGGUGGGUUUGUUGGAAUGUCCAUGAGUUUCAUUCUCAAGAAGGGGCAGCAUGAUGUUUCUUGGCUCAUGAACACAGUCAUGGGCUCCCUUGUGGCAAUAUCUGGUGGCGCGCCCAUCUUUCGUCCCUGGGCGGCGCUGACUGUGGGCGCAGUGGCAGCCCUCCUGGUGCUCAUCGCCAUUCCUAUCCUGGACCGACUGCGGGUAGACGAUCCAACCGAGACGUUCGCCUCGCACGGCAUCUGCGGCCUCUGGGGAUUGCUCGCCAUCGGGCUCUUCCCCGAGCGUGACCAUCUGCUCGACUACACCCGCGGACGCUCGGGCCUGUUCGUCGGCGGAGGUUGGGACCUCCUGGUCAUCCAGAGCGUGACCGCGGGGUGUAUCAUCGCCUGGGCUAUCCUCAUGUCCGCUGUGCUCCUGGUUAUUAUAAAGUACACGGUGGGACUACGGAUGUCUCCAGAGCAAGAGAUCCUUGGACCAGAUUUGGUUGACCACGAGAUUGAACACGACUACAACUCUCCUUUCCUCCAGGCCCUUCAGCAGCAUUACUUCGACGUCGAAAAGACAAAGACCAGAGAAACUAAGGUUGACAUCUUUAAAAGGGAGCGUCACUAA